AUGGCGGAGCACGGAGACCUGGCCAGGAGGGUCGCUGAGAGGACCCGCCUCGCGCACCUGAACGAGUUGGCCCACGAGAUGAGCCGCACCGUGCGCCACACCCUCGAAUGCGUGGGCCGCCUGCUCUCCACCACCACCGACACCGAACCCAGCGCGCUCCUGGUCUCCUCUCUCCGCCGGCUGUCCGAUUGCCUCGAACGCGUGUUCGACUCCUUUGCCAACACCACCACACCACAGCACGACAGCCACCUUAACUGCGCCGAGCGACAGCAGCAGCGGGCGCUGAGCGAGGGCCUGCUGCGCCGCAUGAAGGAGCUGAUCCUGCAGGGCGCGGGCAUCAUCCAGGCAGCCCAGCAGCAGCAGCCUGUGGCCGAAGCUGAGGCGCUGGAGCGGGGGUUCAAGGGCGUGGUGCAGCGCUUCGUGGUCGACCUCCGGGAGAUCAUCAGGCUGCAGCACGUCAUCGCCGAGCCGGCUGACGACCAGCAGCACGGCGGCCCCUUCGCCGACGGCAACCACAGCGGACCCUCGGCCCUGCCCUCACGCACCACCACCGACGUGGCCGCCGACGUCCGCAGCGUGACGUUAUCGGUCAGCCACGGCGCUUCGCCUACGGGCCGGCCGCCGGUGCCGUCUCAUCAGCCGGGCAGCGCCCUGGAGGAGAAGAACGUUUGGCUGCGCGCGGGCACGCCUACGGAUGGAGAGACGGGCGAGCCGAAGACGCACCUGACCCACGCGCUGGCGGCCAGGCGGCUGAUGAGCCUGGGCCGGCGGGCCUCCCACGAGGCGGGACUCGGCGGUGGCAGCACCAGCACCACCGCGGAUGCGGCGGGCGACGUAGGCGACGAGGGAGCCGGGUCACCGUUGACGGUGCACCCCUAUCGCAGGUCGCGCAUCGUGUACGGCUUCAAGGUGAAGGAGGGCGCCAUGAAGCUCAAGGUCGAACUGCAGACCGAAGAAGCAGAAGGUGAAGGUGAGGAGGGAAGGCCGUGGGAAGGAGGAGGCGACGAGGUACCACAACCACGCGAGGCAGGCAGGUGGAGCAGCGGCGGCGGAGACGGCGGAGGACCGAAGGAGGAGCUCAGCGACGAACAGUUCGUGAGCAUGAUGCUCAACUUCUUCGGCGAGAUGGAGCGGCGCAAGGCCGCCCUCGCCAACACGCCGCCCGCCGCCAGACGCAACCCACACCCACCACCCGACGCCCCGAGAACGCCACCAGCCGCCGCGCAGCAGGAACCUGAAGGCGGCGGUGGUGCGCCAGCGGCGGAGCACCACGCCUCGACGCCCAGCGACCAGCGGGAGCCCAACGAAGAGGGCAAGGCGAGGAAGAUUCCGCAUUUGCCUCCGCCCGCCCAGCAGCAGCACGAAGGCGGCGACGGCGACGGUGGCAGCGGCACCUCGCCCACUCGCCAGCAGCAGCUGCAGCAGCUGAAGAAGAAGGCGGUGGCGGAGAACGAGGGAGGAGGGAGCCGACAAGGAUCGAGAGCGAAGGAGGGCAGAUGGUACAAGUGUAUUCUCAGCUGA